AAAAAAAACGUUCCCUCAUCAUUUUUUCGUUUAAUGAUUUUCCGAGCUUUGACGGUAUUCCACAUUGAAUUUUAGUAUGUACAAUAUCUUUUGAGUAGUUCACGAAGUUAGCAGGUAUAAGUUUUAAUUUCUGGUUAAAGGACUUUCUUUUAUUUAGUGAAUAUAUCCAUUGAGUUCUCAUUAACUAACAUAAUAAAAUAUGGGGUUAUUUAUACCUACUAAUAAGUUGGAUAACUUAAAACUUUACAAGUAUUCUUCGGAAGAUCAUUCAAUAAUUUCCAAAUAUAUCCUUAAAAGAUGGUGGGAUUAUUUUGUUCAAAUUUUCCCAAUGUCUAUGGCACCUAAUUUAGUUACUUUAUUAGGAUUAUUCUUUAUAUUAGCCAAUUUAGCUGUGGUAUUUUAUUAUGAUCCUUAUUUAGAAGGUAAUAAUCCACAAUGGGCUUUAUUCUUUUAUGCAUUUGGAUUGUUUAUGUAUCAAACUUUUGAUGGAUGUGAUGGUUGUCAUGCUAGAAGAACAGGUCAAAGUAGUCCUCUUGGAGAAUUAUUUGAUCAUUGUUGUGAUGCAGUUAAUACAACUUUUGGAGCUAUUAUAUUUGGAUCUGUAUUGGGUAUGGGUUAUGGAGGUUUAUUAAUGAUAACACAAUUUGGUUCAGUUUGUAAUUUUUAUGCCUCUACUUGGGAAGAAUAUCAUACUCAUACUUUAUUCUUAAGUCAAUUUAGUGGUCCUGUUGAAGGAAUUUUAAUGAUUAUUGCUGUUUAUAUUAUUACAGGAAUUUUUGGUCAUGAAAUAUGGUCUAUUGGCUUAUUUAACUUAAAUUUAAAUUCAAUAGGAUUAGGUUAUUAUCGAAUUGAUAGUUCUAUUAUUUAUAUAAUUAUAGGAUUAGCUUCAUUAUACUUUAAUAUUCAUGCAGCUAUGACCAAUGUCUCAAAGUAUUAUGAAAAGAAAUUUUAUGAUGAUAAAGAAAAGGCCAAGAAAGAAAUUGAUGAAGCAUAUAGAGGAUUGACUCCUUUCUUUGCUUAUUAUGGAUCAAUUGUUACAUUAGCCUGGAUUUAUCCUGAAGUUAUUACUACAUAUGGAUUCCCAACAGUAGUAUCUAUUGGUUGUACAAUUGCUUUUUCAGUAGGUAGAAUCAUUUUAAGUCAUUUAACCCUACAAGAAUUUCCAUUCAUUCAAUUCCCUAUGUUUGUUCCAUUAGCAGAAUUAGUUCUUAGUUUUAUAAUGAUUAAUAUUUACGGAUUUGAAUCUCAAUUAACAAUAUUUGCUAUUACAUGGUUAGGUUUUGGAAUUACUCUUGGUAUUCAUGGUCUAUUCAUUGCAGAGAUCAUUUAUGAUAUUACAACUUAUUUAGAUAUUUAUGCAUUAUCCAUUAAGCAUAAAAAAGCUUAGAUUAUAAAUAUGAUAAAUUUCAACGUAU